AUGGCGGACAACGGCGUUGAUGAGGUGGAGAGCCUCCAUCAGAACAAGGAGUCUAGUAGAUUGGGUGACAACAACACUGUCAUUCCCCCUGGACUUUCCCAGGAGCAAGGCGUCAUGAUGGCCCAACCUCACCAGGAUCUAGCACCAAUUUCACCUCAUCACCCUGAUCAUGGCCAUGCCGACGACGCCCAGCAGUCCUUCACUUAUGAACACAUGCAAGUCGACCAACACCCAUUUGGCGACCCUUUUGGUGGCAUUACCGGUAAUCUACCCAGCCUGGAACGGUUAAACUAUCUUAACCGUUGGCUCUGA